AUGGCAGCAAGCUUAUCAUUGAAGAACCUCGGACUCCCCUUGAUCGGGGAAACCAUUUCCGGGCUUUUACCCCGUGUGUCCAUCACCGUCAAUGGACAACCAAUCUCGGAAAGACUUGAAGAACUCUUGAGAGAAAAAUUGGGCCAACAAGAAACACAAGAAGGUUCUGGAUAUGGAUCUGGUCUUGACAUAGGGAUUUUGAACGCUGCCCCAAAGAAGAAGCCUUCCUACAGCAGAACCCGUACAAACUAUCUUUCCCCAGGUACCAAGCAAAUCAAACACAUGACCAAUUUGGUACGUUGUCCAGCUUGUGGUCACGUUAAGAGAUCACAUUUCAUGUGCAUGCAUUGCUUUGGAGAAAUCAAGAGCUUUUUGAAGGGCAAGAAGAAGGCCGAAAAGGGCCCAGAAAUCGUACCACAAUCAAACUUGGAUCCUAUUGAUGAAGCCAUCAUCUAUCCAGGUAAGCGUAUUUCUGCCUUUGAAGAAAAGGUUAGAGCCAAGGAAUGGGUCCCUCAGAGAGAAGAGCCACUCAUGUUCAAUGCCGAGAACAUUGCCAAGAAGACCAAGAAGGAUUACUUGAAGUAG